UUUAUGUUGUACUUGAAACAUUUCAUUACAUGUUUUAAUUAAUUACGUGUGAUUACAUUUUCAAGGCAGUGUUUACCGCGCCCAUUUUACCCAGGCAUGCAUUUCUAAUCGCUGUAUUGAAAAUAUGCUGUUUCUUAUUCUAAAUGCGAUUUGGGCCAUUCACUUCUUCGCCAUGUUAUGCUCCGGAGCUCAUUUCAUAGACCUGCCCGGAUUCGAUGGCGAUGCACCCGCGCAACCGCCCGCUCCUCCCAACAGACGCUCCAUUAGCAACUCUAAAUCGGAAGACUCGUCGCUCACAGACGAGGAACAAAGAAUUUCAGAACUAGACAAGCCACUCACAAACGGCACCAUAGUCAUCAAUAUGCUAGGCUAUAAAGGUGACGUGCAUCAAACCACGCUAGACAAAAGUGACAUUGAAAUAUUUAACGAUUUAGUGAGUGAUGAUAGCAAUAGUGAAUCGAAUUCCGAAGAGAUGACGACACGCUAUCCGCUCCCACCGCUCAGAAGACGAAUGAACGGAAAGUACAGUGAAACACAAGUAUAUGCAAGGGAAUUGCCAGAUCGACGUAGACAUUGGCUUGUUUCGGAAACACCAUUACAAACUACUGAACUGACCCGGAACCCAAUAUCUGAGGACAAGGACUCAGGUUUAAAAACUAAAAUCCUAACCCUAGUACAGCAAACCAUGCACGAUACGAACACUAAAAUUCGCGCUACGCAAUCUAUCAAAGAUAAGUACCGAGACAGAGCACCUUACAGAAUCGGGUUCAUAUUGAGUAUGGUGAAAAAAUCUAGAGACGUACUGAAUGAGCUUUUCAACGUUGCAGUAAAACAUAGAGAUGAAUGGAAAGCGUUGGAACAAUUGAAAAUCUUUGAAUUAAUCGUGCAUACUAAUGUAGAUACGACAAAUUUGGUAAGACAGUUAGUGGAGUUACAUAUCAACAAUUUGAAUACGACACAGAGAAAAAUGCGACUGCGCCUUGGGCAGACAACUAAACAAAGAGUCGUCAUAUUAUAAUAUUAAUUGUGUUACAAAUUAAUGGACAGAAAGUUGGUAUCAAUUAUUUUCACAUACAAUGUAAAAUUUAUGAUUAUACAAUAAUUUCUUUCUAUUUAAGGAAUGAAUAAGUUGCUAUUGUAUAUGCGUAAGAUUAAGUUACAAGUUAAGGCUACAUUUAAGAAAUAUAUGCUUAGUAACAUUAAGUUAUCAGUCGAGUCCAAAAUUUACGAAAUCGAAAAUUGUUUCACUUUUUCUGCCGGGAUACCUUCCUUCUUCGUGUCCUUCCUUUCCGUUAUAUUGCAGAUGGGUAAACGUAAUUAACACUUUAAACAAAAUUAUUAAUGUUACCUACUUAAAUCGCAUAUAUUUGGUCUUUUUGUUUAUACAACAACGGGUUUGUUUGAAAACAUGAAAUGUACGAAAUUUAGACCCGAAAAAUAGUUUCUUUUUUUAAUAUGUAGCAAUCACAAAAAAGCCUAAGGCCUUAUUCAGAGUGGCGGCGCGCGUGUUAAGUAUAAGAAACGCCCAUUUACCAGCUUCGUCAGCCCUGCCAAGCCGCCGCGACAGCACCCAUUUAAGUAUACCAAGCGGCAUGGCUACACAUAGCUGACAACGCUUUGUAACUUCUAUAUAUUAUAUAUUUUAAGUUAGAAAAGGUUGAUUGUAAUUUCGAAUUCCAUGUAGUUAGGUUGGCAUACGAAAUAAAGUAUUUUUUUAUGACAAAGUUC